AUGGCUGUCUAUGUGAUGGGGUUCAAGGGUGACUGGAAGUAUCUCUGCCAGUUGUUCAACUUGGUUCGCAAUCCGAGUUCGGAACAGGUCUGUUGGAGGUGCUUGGCUACAAAGGGCACUGGUGACUUAGCCUACUGCUAUACGAAUGUCGCUGACGAUGCGAGUUGGCGGGCUACGGAGUGGACAACGGACCCCUGGACGGAGCAACCUGCAUUUGCUACGCUACCGGGUUUCAGUUUGAAGAUGUUAAAUGUGGAUUUGCUGCACGUGUGGCACUUAGGUGUGGCACGAGACAUGACGGCGUCGGUCUUGAGAGUCCUAGCUAAGGCCAAGCAGUUCCGUCCACAUGGGACCAUUAAGGAUCAAUUGGCUGCAGCAUCAAGCUCCCUCAGAAACUUUGCAAAGGCGGAAGGGCUAUCCCUACAUCUUCGUAAAUUGUCUCCACAGAACUUGAACUGGAGAUCCAAUGCCUACCCUGAGACUCAUUGCAAAGGGUAUGAUUCCUUUGUGAUGAUUGCCUGGUUGGCAUGGUACCUCAGUGAUGCUGAUGAUGUAGAUCCGCGUAUCCGAACUUUAGUGUGGGCUGCAGAUUCCCUGAUGGAUGUCUGGCACCAUGGUGGCAUGUUCUUGACCGACAAUGAAGUACAACAUGUGCAAAUUGUUGGGGGGCUCUUCAUCAGGUGCUACUUGGAGCUUGCGCAGGAGGCUGUGAGCAGCAGGACGCGUCUGUGGAGAAUUCGCCCUAAGUUUCAUCUCUUGGUGCAUCUCCAGUCGGAGGUCCGUGCAUCCAGAUACAAUGCUACGUUUGGUUCGACAUGGAUGGAUGAAGACGCUGUGAAAAGAUUCAUGAAGAUCAAGAAGAAAGUCCACCGAUUGCAAGCGCCCGAUAGGGUCAUUCGGCGGUGGUUGCUGAAUCUACGCGACAAGAUGGACAAUGUGUUGGAUAGAAAAAUUAUGGUCAGAGAUAUCGGCGUCGCGUUGGGCGGGUGGCGGUGCUGA